AUGGUGGAGCCGCAGCUCUGGCCGGUGCCGCCGGCGUGGUGGCGGCCGUCGCCGGUGGCGGCCGCGGCGCAGCUGGCCCCGGGGGCCUCGGGCGCCGCGCCCUCGCCGGCCGCCUGCGUCGCAGGGCUGUCCGCGGCGGUGCUGGAGGCGGUGGCGGCCGCCGGCGGCGCGGGCUCCCGGCACGUGGGCGUCGUGCGGGACUUCAGCGCGGCGCUGGCAUUGGCAAGAUAGCGUGUCCGGGGGUCACGGGCGACGUGGCGGUCGCGGAGGAGGAGCUGGUGGGCUUCGCCGUCGGCGACACCGUUUCCUUCGUGUUGUCCGAGGAGGCGCAGUUCGGCACGAGGAUG